GCACGCAGGCGACUUUAUCCAAAUUUGCGCGGGUUCGAUGUUGUUAUGGGUUGCUGUUGUUUGGCUGUCGCUGGUUUACGAAUUUAAAACUAAAAGGUUCACUGGAAAUCUUCGAGUCGAAAGCCGCGAAUAUGUCCAAGAGAGAGGCAUUUUUAGAAGCCGCUUGUAAGGAAAAUGUCGAGGACUUCCGUAAUUUUAUCCAGCUUCACAAGGACAAAGCGGAGCCCUUCGAUGUGGAGGAGGUGGUGCAGGAGAUGCCCAGAGACCAGAGGGAGGCUCUGUGGGGAAGACUGGCCUCGCUCCUUCAGGACGUCCUAGAGGAGUUACCUCCCGAGCGCUGGGCGGAGGACAGAGAGGAGGGCAUGGAAGUGGAGUCAGCUAAAGACCCUAAACAUGUCAUGGCUGUGGUGGAUGGCAUCACACUGGUGACUUUAGUGUCUGUAAAGCUUUUACAAGAUGGUGACACCUACAGUGUCCUUCUGGAAAUUGCACACAAACUUCAUGUUGUUCUGGUGUCGCUGCCUGUCUCAGAGGUACCUCUGCAGCUCCAUAUCCAUACGCUGUGCGAGGCCUGGUGGAAGAAGGGGCUGAAAGAAAAAGAAAAGUUUGGCCGCACUGCUUUUCUCAUCUCUUUGCAGAAGAGCUUCAUUUUGAAGAAAGCGGGUGUUGAGAUCCAGAGACUCUGGAGUCUCCAUGAUGUGCUUUUGAGCCUUGACUACACAUCAGAGGACAACAAGCAGAUAAUUGACUUGUUGCUUCAGUGUUUUCACCGUCCUGUUCACAUCAGACAUGACGACGGAAAGCGAUUCCUGGUGUUUCUUUUCAGCUGGCACGUCAACUUCAUCUGGGCUAUUCAUGGCACCAUCAAAAACCAGUUGGAGUUUUAUAGCAAGACCACGACUACUCAAAUUACCGAGAUCUACUUCAGAGCAUGGAAGAAGGCUAGCGGGGACUUCUUGGAGCAGAUUGAGAGCUCGUGCAUUCAGGAUUUUAUGCAGUGUGCCAUCUUCCUUCACAGAGCAUCUCCUGUCCAUACCAAAGUCAGACAGAUCAUGAGCUAUUUCCACUCACGGAAGGGCUGUCACAAAGUAGACAAGAUGCUCUAUAAUCUCUACAGGCCUAUUCUCUGGAAAGCUUUAAAUGCUCCUAACUUCGAGGUACGUGCAAACGCCACUUUGCUUUUCACUGAGGCCUUCCCAGUCCACGACCCGGAUCAGAGCAAUGAGAAUGUAGAUGAGAACAUUCAGAAGCAGCUGGAUACAGCAAUGGGGCUCCUCGAAGACCCUCACCCAACUGUGCGCUCCAAUGCCACACUGGGGGUCUGUAAGAUCCUGGCUAAGUGCUGGGAGCUUCUACCUCCCACAAUUAUCACAGACUUCCUGAAGAAGCUGGUUAUGGAGCUGGCAGCUGACGCCAGCUCCCCUGAUGUCCGUUGUUCAGUCUUCAAGUGUCUGACUAUCGUCCUGGACAACGCUCUCAGCCAUCCACUACUGGAAAAGCUCCUGCCCACUCUCAAGUACAGCCUUCAUGAUAACUCGGAGAAAGUCCGCACAGCUUUCCUUGACAUGCUUAUCAAGGUCAAGGCAGUGCGUGCUGCCAAGUUCUGGGACGUGUGCAACAUGGACCACCUGCUGGCCCGCCUGGCUAUUGAUUCCCACUCGGUCUCCAAGCGUAUUGUCGAUCUGCUCUUCAAGUCCUUCUUCCCCGUCAACGAGUCGGAGAGGGAGUGGUGCUGUCGGUGCAUCACCCUCAUCCAGAUGAAUCCGAUGGCUGCCAGGAAGUUCUAUCAGCAUGCUUACAAACACACGGCCCCAACUAACAUAAUAAAGCUGAUGUUGGCCAUUCGCCGUGUUCUGAACAACUGUAUCCAGACUGACUGUGACCUGACUGACAUUAAUGACAGCAACAAGGAGAACAGCGCACAGGCUGCACUCGUUACGCUGGGGAAAGACAUGGCUGUUGUGUCCAGUCUGCUGGAGGUCGUGGUCAUCCUGUGGAGAAGUGUCGGGAAGGCCCUGAAACAAAAUGAAGAGGCCCAGAAGUACACUUUUGCCAAGUUUGGAAAUGUCAUGUCCAAGUAUUUCCAGGCCUUUGAGGAUGACCGAUGCACCGUUCCUCUCAUACAACUGGCCUCAUUUAUGCCUCCAGCUGCAGUUCCAACAUUCAGCUGUGGCGUUCUGUCCAGGCUGAGGAGGAUGGACCAAGGAGCUGUGCCAACACAGUACGGCCAGCUGUUAGACUGCGUCUGUAGCUGGGGCCAGGCCGCUGACAUCCUUGAGCUCAUCACUGACUGGCUCACCGAGGCUCUGCCCAAGCAAGGGGAGAAAGCAAACGCCAAUCGAAAGGUGCGUAUCCAGGAGACGACGGAGGCCAAGCCAGACCUGGCAGUAGCUUACCUGGAUUACCUUUUCAGCCACACGUCAACACAAGAGAAAGUCCUGGCACUUGGUCAGAGACCAAUGAAGCAGCUCCAUACAGUUCUGGGAAACUGGAAGUCGGUGCUGUACACUCACCUCAGCUCCACCUCGGAAGACCCUAAAAGCCCCAGUCUGGAGACUGCACUGAAAGCCUUCAUGUUCCACGGCCGGCUCGGUGCACAUUUGCAACAUAAUGCAUCAGAGGGCCGUGAUUACCUGCUCUCCCUGGAGCAUGUGGCAGCUUGGGUUGCUGAAAGGGUGCUUCCCUUCCUGGCUAAAGGUACCAGCGACGAUGGGGAGGAUUCAGAGAAGUCGCCGUCAUUGGCUACGCAGAUAACUGAGAGCUUCCUGACAGUGUGCCGAGAUGUUUUGCUAGUGGGUUUGGGCGACGAAACGUUCAAGGGUCAAAUCCUCCACCUGUGCUCGCUCAUCCUCCUCUCAGACGCAGGCUACCUCUGUAUUCCUGCAGUGCUGCCAAUUUUGAAGGAGGUGGCAGACACUUAUGUACCCGAGGGCAACAGUCAGGCUGAGGAAAAUCAGGAGGAUGCAACCGCUGUCAUCCUGGGUGUGGUGGCCAACAUCUUCCAGAAGAUUAUAGAGCUCUUAGCUCGCCGCCUUAGGAAGGAACCAGAGGAGGGAAAACAGCUGUGUCAGUCAGCUGUGCCUGGUCUGACAGACUUCCUCCAAGUGGCACAAGCCUGGGACAGAGCACCUCUCAGCGGGGUCUUUUCCACUAUUUUUGCUGUCAUCAUCGUGGAGAAGAGACAUUUACUCCAGAAGAUAACCCAUCCUGAAGAGGUGAUCACCCCAGAGUCAGUGGAGGACAUGCCUCCUCUGUCCAGCAUCCUGCUGUCUGUCAUCCUUAAGUCACCAUCUGUCAGCAGGGCAUUUUUGACAGAGGUCUGCUUAUCUCUGGACUCAGAGGCCAUCAGCAGUCUGAAUGAACUGGCUGCUGUCCUGCACAUCUUGACUGUCAUCAAACACACGGGACAAUCUAAAGCAGGCUUGAAGAGCGCAGCCACAUCUGUCCAGCAGCAGCUUCACAAACAUGCAGUCGCAUCUGUAGACAGCAGAGACAUCCAGGGGGUUAUUUUUGAAUCUUCUGUGAAGACCUUGAAUGAAAUUCUAGCUUUAUAAGUUCCCUCCUUGAAAAGAAAAAGGGGGCUUAUGCUAUAUAUAAGGUUUGUGUUAGGCUUGUAUUUUCACUGAGUGGCAUUCUUUUUUAAAGCUUUCUCUCUCCUCAGCUCUGUCCUCCACUUAUUCUAUAUUUUUUUAAAACAAUUUCAUAUAAAUUGCAUUUAUUAUUUUUUUUCCAAGCUUCAGUAUCAGUGUUUAUAUAUCUGUUGGUCUGUCAGCAUUGUAGGCUGUCAUGUGCUACUAAUAAGAAUAAAACAUAAAAGUGUAUC